AUGUCUCCCAAAACUCUCCUUCCCUUCGGCUUCUCCCUUCUGCUACUGCUUCAAGGCUCUGCUCCAUCAAACUAUGGAGCAGCCCUUACUAAAUCUUUGCUGUAUUUCGAAGCUCAAAGAUCUGGGAAGCUGCCUCCUAACCAGAGAGUCCUGUGGCGAGGAGACUCCGCCUUGCAAGAUGGCAAUGAUGCUGGGGUUGAUCUAGUGGGAGGGUACUAUGAUGCUGGAGACAACGUGAAGUUUGGAUUUCCCCAUGCAUUUACUGUGACACUGCUUUCAUGGGGUGUCAUUGAAUAUGGGCAACAACUCGCAGCCAAGAAGGAACUGGGCCACGCCAUGGAGGCUAUUAAGUGGGGGACAGACUACUUCAUCAAAGCUCACACGCAGCCUAAUGUUCUAUAUGGCCAAGUCGGAGAUGGUGAUGCAGACCAUGCAUGCUGGGAACGACCAGAAGACAUGACCACGCCUAGAACUUCUUACAAGAUCGAUGAGCAGCACCCGGGUUCGGACCUCGCCGGUGAAACCGCCGCCGCGUUUGCGGCUGCGUCUAUGGCUUUUAGUAAAUCAGAUCCUAGUUACUCUUCGCAACUUCUAAGCCAUGGAAAGCAGUUAUUUGAUUUUGCCAAAACCCACCAAGGCUUAUAUCAGAACAGCAUUCCGCAAGCGAAAUUCUAUGCUAGCAGCGGAUUUGAGGAUGAGCUGGUGUGGGCAGCUGCAUGGCUAUACCGCGCUACAAAUGACCAAACCUACGUAAACUACCUAGGUUCAGCAAAUACAGGCGGGACAAGGAACGAGUUCUCUUGGGAUGACAAGUACACUGGAGCCCAAGUCCUGGUCGCCAAGUUUAUUAUGGAGGGCAGAGUUCCGAGCACUGAUAACUGGGUAAACUACAAGAGCCAUGCUGAGCAGUUCAUCUGUAACACAGUCCAGAAGGGUUACCAUAACGUGAAGAUGACUAGAGGAGGAGCACUCUGGUGGCUGUCCUGGAACAAUUUUCAGUACACCACCUCUGCUUUACUCCUCGCAAUCUCCUACGCUGACUGGCUGAACGCAGCGAGAUCCAACCUCAACUGCCCAAAUGGCCAGGUUUCCCCGGACCAACUCAUCGCAUUCGCACGCCUGCAGGUGGACUAUAUACUAGGGAGGAACCCCAGGGGCAUGAGCUUUAUGUUGGGGUAUGGAGCAAGGUUUCCACAGCAGCUCCAUCACAGAGGGUCAUCUAUAGUAUCAAUCAAGAAGGACAAGAGGCUUGUGACAUGCACAGGGGGCUAUACAGAGUGGUUCAACAGGCAGGCACCAAACCCAAACAUAGUGUAUGGCGCCAUUGCUGGAGGCCCAGAUCAGUAUGAUAACUAUAAUGAUUCUAGACCCAAUUAUGAGCAAGCUGAAUCUGCCACUGUUAACACUACACCUUUUGUUGGAGUUUUGGCCCGCCUUGCCUGA